AUGAUGCGCGCCGCCUCGCUCAAGUCCACCCUGGCCCUGGCCACAGGCCUCGCUGCCUCGCUGGCCGCCGCCGCCUCCGAGGACUCGCUGUACAGCCAGCGCCUCAGCAAGCGCUUCAUUGAUGACGCCGGCAACUACAACAUCUCCUUCUACCACGUCAAUGAUGUCCACGCCCAUCUCGACCAGUUCAACUCGCGCGGCUCCAACUGCUCCAAGCCAGAGGCCGGCUGCUUCGGUGGCUACGCCCGCAUAAAGUCCUUUGUUGACGAGACGCGCCCCAGCCACCCAGACUCUCUCUGGCUCAACGUCGGCGACGAGUUCCAGGGCACCCUCUACUACUCGUACUAUGGCGGCGAGAAGAUUGCAGAGACCAUCAACCAGCUCGGCUUCGACGCCAUGACCCUUGGCAACCACGAGUUUGACGGCGGCGACGACAAGCUCGGCGACUUCCUCAAGAACCUCACCUUCCCCAUCGUCUCGGCCAACAUUGUCUCGGACAACGAGAAGCUCAACUCGACCAUUGUCCCCUACCACAUCUUUGAAAAGUACAACCUGGCCGUCAUCGGCGUCACCACCGAGACCACCCCGAGCAUCAGCAAGCCCGGCCCCGGGACCAAGUUCACCGACGUCACCGCCGCCGUCCAGCGCUGCAUCGACGAGAUCUACAGCACCACCAACAUCACCCGCAUCGCCGCCAUCACCCACAUCGGCUACGAGGAGGACAUCCAGCUCGCCAAGGACACCACGGGCCUGCACCUCAUCAUGGGCGGCCACUCCCACACCCUCCUGGGCGACAUGGAGGGCGCCGAGGGUAAGUACCCCACCAUCGAGAAGAACAAGGACGGCGACGAGGUCUUCAUCGUCACGGCCUACCGCUGGGGCGAGUACGUCGGCUACAUCGACGUCACCUACGACGCCGAGGGCAAGAUCCUGGCUUACCACGGCGCCCCCGUCCACAUGACCAACCAGACCUCCCAGGACCCGGAGCUCGAGGCCCAGAUUGUCGACUGGGCGGGCGCUUUCAAGGCCUUUGCCGAGGAGAAGGUCGGCGAGACCACCACUGUUCUCGACCAAACAACCUGCCAGAAGAAGGAGUGCAAUCUGGGUGACGUCACGGCCGAGGCUCUUCUCCAGUACCGCAUCGCCUCCGGCGCCAGCAACGCCGCCUUCGCCAUGAUCAACGCCGGCGGCAUCCGCGCGUCCAUCGACCAGGGCGACAUCACCCGCGGCGAGGUCCUGACGACGUACCCCUUUGGCAACGCCGUCGUCGAGGUGACGUACAAGGGGUCGGACCUGUGGAAGGUGUUUGAGGGCCUGGUCAGCGCCGUCAGCCAGUUCAACGGCCAGAAGGUCACCAGCUUCUUCCAGAUCAGCAGCGGCAUCAAGGUCGAGUACAACCCGGACAACGAGGUCGGCAAGAGGCUCGUCCGCCUGAGCGUCGGCCCCUCCAAGGACAAGCUCGAGCCCAUCGACCUGAACAAGGACUACACCCUUGUCACGCUCGACUUCAUCGCGGGCGGUGGCGACAACAUCCUGCCGCCGAGCGAGAAUCUCGUCGUCCUCGACACCCAGGAGGAGGUCUUUAUCGACUAUCUCGGCGCCCAUAGCCCCAUCACCGCCGAGCUCGACGGCCGCAUCGCCAUUGUGUCCGGCUCAGCGACGGGCGGCUCUGGCGGCGGCGCCAACUCGAGUGCCACGCCCUCGCCAUCGGGCACCGGCGCCGCCGCAACCCCGCCACCUAGCUCUGGUGAGCGCCUGAGCAGCCCGGGCACGUGUGUGGUGCUGCUUGUCUUCACGGCCAUGCUCGCGUUUGUCGUGUCGUAA